AUGGCGUCCCGCUUGGCUAGAAGCGCUGUCGGCGCGAACCUCCUCCGGCCAACCCUUGCCCGCCGCGCCCUUCCCGCCAUCUCGGCCUCCGUCUCCGGGGCCCGCAACGCCUCCAACGUUCCCGCCGAGGACCCCAAGAAGAAGGCCCAGUCCAUCGUCGAUGCCCUCCCCGGCAACUCGAUCCUCUCCAAGACCGCCAUCCUCUCCUCCUCCGCCGCCCUGAGCGUCUACGCCAUUAGCAACGAGUACUAUGUCGUCAACGAGGAGACCGUCGUCGCCUUCUGCCUGCUCGCCGUCUGGGGCGGGCUGAUCAAGUACGGAGGCCCGAUGUACAGCGAGUGGGCCGAGGCCCAGGCCAACAAGAUCAAGGGCCUCCUUAACCAGGCUCGCGCCGACCACACCCAGGCCGUCAAGGGACGCAUCGAGGACGUUAAGCAGAUGUCCAGCGUCGUCGAGAUCACCAAGUCUCUCUUCGAGGUUUCCAAGGAGACUGCCAAGCUCGAGGCUGAGGCCUACGAGCAGGAGCAGAAGACCGCCAUCGCCGCCGAGGCCAAGGCCGUCCUCGACUCCUGGGUCCGCUACGAGGGCCAGGUCAAGCAGCGCCAGCAGAAGGAGCUCGCCGAGAGCAUCAUCGCCAAGGUCACCAAGGAGCUCGAGAACCCCAAGGUCCUCCAGCAGAUCCUCCAGCAGUCCGUUGCUGAUGUCGAGAAGAUCGUCUCCAAGCAAUAG